AUGUCGUCUGAUGAGAGUGACAAUGAAGAUUUUAGGCCGCAGUUCAGCGACUUUGAGGGUUCUACUGACGGAGGUGAGAGUGAUGUGUCAUUUGACGACUCGGAUACCGAUUAUGUUCCUGAAGUGGUUAGUGAUAGUGAAGAAGAUUCAGGUACGAGUGAAACGAUAUCGGUGGAGAGUAAUGUGUCAUCUCCGUGUGGAGAUGUUAGUUUUAGAUUGUUAUCAGACCCAUUUAGUGAUUCACGGCCUGGCGAUCUCCCCAUUUACGUGAGUGAUUUUGAAGAUGUGCAUCCAGUAAUUCUGCAUCACCACGAUCAACAUCCAAUGAAUGCAUUUGACUGUUUACAGUUAUUCUUGGGAGUGGAUGUAAUUUCUUCAUUGUGUGAAUGGACAAAUACACGCGCAGCCUAUUUUUUCCGUGACAAUCCCGAGAAAACUAAGAAAAAUUUCAUGGGCAAAAAAUGGAAUGAUGUGACUGUGGAAGAAAUGUACAUUUUUUUUGCACUUCAGUUAUUGAUGGGAAUCACGAAGUUGCCACGUAUUUCAGAUUACUGGAGUCAAUCUUUGCUUUGCACUGGGCCACCUGUGUUUACAACUGUAAUGAGCCGCAAUAGGUUUUCCCAAAUCUUGCGAUUUCUGAGAUUUUCUCAUCCAGAUAAUGUUCAACCCAGCCAGCCAAUGACCAGAAUACAAACAUUUUUUGACAUGGUUCGAGAAAAAAGUAUGAAUGUUUUUUCACCAGGGGAAAAUUUUGCAGUUGAUGAGUCACUUCUUUUAUAUAAAGGCAGACUUCGUUUCCGCCAGUAUAUAAAGACAAAAAGGAAGCGUUUUGGACUCAAAUUAUUUGCCUUGUGUCCAAGUUCGAAAGAGGGAAGAGGCUACACAUGGAAUUUUUGUCUUUAUACGCCUCAAAUGUAUGAAGAUAUAUCUAGAGAUGAGGAUCUAGCACAUCUAAGCAAGUCAGAGCGAGUCCCAGUAUUCCUCAUGAAAUCUUUACUAAAUAAAGGGAGGCAUGUGGUACUGGAUAACUGGUAUUCUUCAAUCAAUUUAGCGGAAUUUCUUUACAGCAAGAAUACACUUACAACAGGAACGAUUCGACCAAACAGAGGUGUACCCCAGUGUCUCAAAGACCUAUCGCUCCAAGUAAAUCAAUCAGCCUUUGCAAGAAGAAAGGAAUUUCUCGUUGUGAAAUAUUGCGACAGAAGUCCGGUUCACGUUAUAUCGACCAAGUACAGAGCAGGAUUUGUGGAAAGGAACCGUUUUCUAAAGGGUGGAAGACGGCAGAUGAUAAAGAUACCAUUGCCCAUUCAAAAGUAUAAUGAGCAAAUGGGGUCUGUGGACUUGGUUGAUCAAAUGCUUGAGCCCACUGAUCCCACCAGAAAAUCUUAUACUUGGUUCAAAAAACUCGGUCUACAUCUCAUGGUUAGGAUGGUGCUGAAUUCUUUUGUUAUAUUUUAUAAUUUGAACAACCAUGAAAAUAGAUCAGAGUUUUCUGCAUUCAUCAAGAUGGUGGUUCACGAAAUCUUGAGUGAAUACAGUUUGAAGUAUGUUAUUUUGGACGCAACCAAAAAUGAACCUAAAGCGCCCAGGAGAAAGAGACGAAGAACGGCAUCUGCACAACGUGGACCUGACCCUCAGCCUGGAACUUCCCAUCAACGUGGACUUGGCCCUCAACCUGGAACUUCCCAUCAACGUGGACUUGGGCCCUCAACCUGGAACUCUUCCAGUUCAAAACUAUACUUUGACCCUCAACCUGGAACUUCCCGUCAAUCUGUCGUCCACUGGCUUAUGACAAUCCCAAGAACUGAGGAAAAAAAACGCCCACAAAAGAAGUGCCGAAUCUGCACACGAGAGGGUAAAGCGAAGUGGGUAAGGUUGCAAUGUGCUGGUUGUGAAGAAAAGCCGGGAUUGUGUUCCCCUGAACAUUUCAAUGUUUAUCAUGAACAAUAA